AAUUAGACCUUGAAGGAAAAAAAUUAAUGUUUGUCGCCUAACCAAAAUGACAGCUACUUUAUCGUUUCGGUGGUUAGAACUUUUAGAAAAGGAAUUUGACAAAGCAUUUGUAGAUCUUGAUCUAUUGCUUGGUGAUAUUGACCCUGACCAAUGUGAAUUAACAUUUGAGGGCCGGCAAAAGAUGACAGCUCUCAGUGCUGCAUUUGCCCAGCUCUGUCACAAAGCUCAAACUGUAUUCCAAUCAAAUGCAAAGCUUGAAGCCCAGCUAGUAGAUAUGAGAUCAGACAUGAUAGAAAUGAAAUCCUCUAAAGCUCUGGUUGACAAAGAACUCCAUAAUGUCUUAUUACAACUCCAUUCACUGCAGUUACAGAAACAGGCUGAUAAAGGCAUCGAGGCGGAUUCUACAAGUAUAAUGAAAAAACUGGAAGAUGAAUUACAGGCACAAAAAGCAGAAUUUUUAAACAUGGCAAAAUUAGAGGCAGAAGUAAAAGAAUUAAGGAAAGAAAAUACUGAGCUACGUCAAUAUGUAUUAGCUCUGCAGGGAGAAGUUUAUGGUGCAAGACUUGCCGCUAAAUAUUUAGACAAAGAAUUAGCUGGAAGAAUUCAGCAGAUCCAGUUGUUAGGAAGAGAUAUGAGAGGAGCAGAGCAUGACAAGCUUUGGAACCAGUUAGAAGCAGAAAUCCAUCUACACAGACAUAAAACAGUAAUACGAGCAUGUCGUGGACGGAAUAACUGGAAGAAAAAAUUACCUGUUCCAGCAGGUCAUGACUUUAAAUCGUUAAGAAAACAGCAUGGUUUGGGAGAUGUUAGGAAAGUCCUUAUACAGAAAGGUGCUGAUGAUGGACUAGGUUUAUCAAUAACUGGUGGCAAAGAGCAUGGUGUUCCUAUCUUGAUAUCAGAAAUCCAUGAAGGUCAGCCUGCCGAUAGAUGUGAGAACCUGUAUGUAGGAGAUGCUAUACUGUCAGUUAAUAGUAUAGAUCUGAGGAACGCCAAACAUGCAGAGGCUGUACAAGUCUUAUCACAACAGACAGGAGAUAUAGAACUUGAAGUAAUGUUUGUCUCCCCUGAUGAAGAUAGUGAUGACGAGAAUCAUGAAUAUGAAGAUGAAAAUGGUUUUAGAUACAGAAUAUAUGAUGAUGAAGUUUUAAGUACAGCAAGUGAAACAGACAAGCCAGAUAAUUCUACUCAUAAAACCAAAACUAACAGUUCUGAUCAAAUGUCAACAAAUUCUAGUCCUCUCAGAUCACCUGGAGCGACAGGAAGUAGCACUAACAGUCCUAGCAAGAGAAUUGAUGUAGGAACGUUCCAUACAAACAACAUACAGGACUCAAACAAAACAGAAGAAUCUCCGGCUUUUGAUUACAGAUAAUCAAAAAUAACAUUGUUAUGUUAUCCAUUAUAUUACACAUUAAUUGUUUUAUUAAUGGUAUAUUUCAGAUUUUAUCCGUUUUUGUUAUUAUUUAUGACUGUAGAUUGUAAUUGUUGAAUAUAUAUAAGGUCAUUUAAAAAUUGCUCUCAUUUUCUCUUCACAUUGAUAAUAAAUUUCUUGCCAAGAGCUCAGGAAUGAAGAUUCAUUAUUAAGUGGUAUGGGUGUCUUCAGCCAUCUUGGAUUGUAAAAUAGAAGAUCACUUUUAAAUGAAAUCAGCAAAAUUCAAUGCCAGAAUGCAAUUUAUUAAAAUAAUUUCGUUAAAAGGAACAAAUUUAUGUGAUUUUAUAUUUUAAUUAUAAAUAUGUUUCUAAAGGUAUAACAUUUUUGUUAUCAUGACAUAUUAAUGGAAGAUUAUUCAAAAAUUGUCAAUUGGUACAGGAAUCUACACGGAAUUUUUCUGUUUUAUGUAAUAACUGAAAAAAGGGAACUGUGUUUUUCUUUGAUAUUCUAAAAACACUAUAUGAAAACUAUCUUCAUGUAUAUUAUUUAAAAAUUCUUUUUAUUAUUUUACUUUCUAUUCUCGUUAUGAUAUUUUUCUCUGUAAUUCAUACAAAAUGAGUUG